UUCUAAACGAUAAAAAUAAUAGAGAACUCAACAUGUCCAAACUAGCCACUCUCUUCACCUUUGCUCUUCUAUUGAGCUUCAAUUUAAUCUAUGCCUCCCGUCCUAACCCAGUUUUCAAUGGUGUCUCUUCAUUGCAUGAGGAUGUUGCAGCUAACAAGGUAGAGAUAGAUGAUGAGAGUUGUGAAGAAGGGACAGAGGAAUGUUUGACGAGAAGGACACUAGCUGCGCAUACCGAUUAUAUCUACACUCAGAAGCAUAAACCCAGAAAUUGAUUAAGGGCAUCAUCAUACAGGCGUUUAGGACCCAAAUAACGAUAAAAUAAA